AUGUCGUCCACAAAACUAGUCACUGUAUAUGGCGCUACUGGCCAACAAGGCGGCAGUGUAAUAAACUCCCUAUUGGAGAACAAGUCUGGAGAGUUUGCCAUUCGCGCCAUCACAAGGAAUCCCGAAUCCGACAAGAGUACUGCAUUGGCCUCGCGAGGAGUCGAAGUUGUCAAGGGUGAUGGCUUUCGCAAGGACCAGAUGGAGGCUGCAUUUAAAGGAAGCUGGGCGGCGUUCGUCAACACAAAUAGCUCCGAUCCGCUAUUCCACGAAUCUGGUGGUAUGACUGAAGAAGAGCUGGGCAAAAUUAUCGUGGAUGCCGCAUUCGAAGCCGGUGUUCAGCAUUUUGUUUACAGCGGCCUGACUUCAGCCAAGCUAGCUACGAAUGGCGAAGUGCCCUGCAUUACUUUUGAUGAAAAGCAUGCAAUUGGAGAAUACGCCAAGUCUAAAGGGUUCAAAAGCAUUGUCAUUGUCGCCGCUGGCUGGUACAUGGAGAAUCACAUUUUGCCAGAAUUUGCAGAAUUAAUGGGAGGAUUUCCGUUGACACCUGAUGCCGAGGGCUAUCUCACCUUGGAGAUUCCCCGUAUGGGCGGCAACAACGAGAUUCCUUUCAUUGGAAUCGAAGCCGACUAUGGUGAUUUGGUUCACGGGGUUCUUCUCCAGCCAGAAGCAUACAAUGGUCAACUGAUCCAGGCAGCUAGCGAAAUGGCUACACCUGAAAAGCUCGUGGAAGAGUUUCAAAAACUUACUGGGAAGAAAUCGCGAUACGUAGCGAUGGAAGAUUGGAGGGCUAUUGAGAGCUACGGUAACCCUGAUAUCGAAGCGCUCAAGACCAUGUAUGGGUUUUGUCAAUAUGUGGACGGGAAGUACUUUGGAGUACCUGCAAACCUGGGGUCAACCAAGGAACUCAAGGCUAAAGCCAUUGCUGCAAAAGGGCUACCGAUAGAGGAGCAUCCGCUUUGGACGUUGGAGAAGUUUCUCAAAAAACACUUCAGCGUGUGA